AUGGAUGAUGAAUCUCCGCUGACUAACGGAGACACGGUUGAAGGUGAGGUGACGGUGGAAGUGGAAAAGGAAUGCCGAAUCAACUCCCUCUACGUCAAGUUCAAGGGGAAAGCAAACGUUUUAUGGAGCGAGACGAACCUCAACAGUACUAAGUUAUACCGGGCCAAAGUCAAAUACUUCAGCGUCAGACAUUACUUCGUUAACGAGAAAAGCCCCAAAGAGUCACAUAUUCUGACUCCAGGAAUUCAUGUCUACCCAUUCUGCUAUCAGUUCCCUGAAGAGGGCAUUCCCUCCUCCUUCUACAGCAGGUAUGGAAGCGUGACAUACUCUCUGGAGGCUGUUUUGAGCAGAAAAAUGAGCAUGGACAAGAAGAGCACGAUUCCAAUAAAUUUUUUUGCAAAAAUAGACCUGAACUCAAACCCUGAGUUAAUGGAACCAAAAUCCGAAUCCCUGGAAAAGACAAUGACAUUAUUCACCGCAGGAAGUGUCGCCAUGGAUGUGAAUCUUGAACGAACAUGUUUCUUCCAAGGAGAAGAAUUGUCAGUUUCGUUGAGGAUUCAAAACAAUUCACCUCAUGACAUCAAGCCCAAGUACUCUAUAUACAAGAAGACAAGCUACUUUGCACGGAAGAAGAGAAAAUGCCAGACUAAAGUUAUAGUAAAUGAGGUGGGAACACCCAUCCCUCCUUCAGCUUCAGAAAAUGUUACAAAGGUCCUCACCAUUCCCAAAGAUGUGAAGCCCUCCAUACAUAACUGCAAAAUCAUUAAAGUUGAGUACAGGUUAAAGGUUUACCUUGAUGUGAAGCGUGCUUUAGAUCCAGAGAUUAAAAUAGAAAUAGUCAUCCUGCCAUCUGGUACAUCCGCAGGAUGGCAGGAUGUGCCAUCCUGCCAUCCUGGAACCAGGGUGGAACCAGGGUCAUACCCUCCUGCUGACCUCAAAUCACAUGGGAACUAUGGGACUCCAGACCCUCCAGCCUGGGACUUUGCACGUCGAAUUCCACGAGCAGUGCUUCAACCGUCUGGCCAUCCUUCCUUUGGGGGAUUUGGAACGAAUCCUUCUUCAUAA